AAGCCGUGUGUGUAUAUGUGAGAGUAUGUGUUCUGCCUCCCACUACACAAUGACCCCCGCGAGCUGAUCAGGACGUCAGAGGGAGACAGUAUGCAGCCUGCCACAACCUACAAGCGCGCUCAGGCUGCUGCAUGGAAAUAAAACCCAUUACUUUGUGUAUGUGUGCGCGCGCGCGUGCUUGCGGGCUGCAGGACUCGGGUGAUGAUAAUACUACACACCGGACAGACAGAAGAGAUAUUCAGAUCCGUGUUUCCUAUCCCGGGUCGCAUUUUCGAGCGCCAAGAAAGUGUUUGUGUAAUUGAAACUGGUUUGCAGAGGGCAGUGAAAUCGGGCUAGAACAGGGAGAGGAGCUGGAGCAUCGGGAAGCUCUCCGCCGGCUUCCGGACAUUCGGGGCGGCAUCCAAGCUGCAGUCGCUUGCUCAGUGGAACGGCGAGACCUCGUCGACAUUUGGCCCGUGAUUCGCGUCGUAAUCGCAAACCAAAGGUGGCGUUUCCUAACAUGUCCAGGAAAGUCCAGAGAAGUGAGGUGUGUGCAGACUGCAGUGCGCCAGAUCCAGGUUGGAGCAGUAUAAACAGAGGGGUGCUGAUCUGCGAUGAGUGCUGCUCUGUGCACAGGAGCCUCGGACGCCACAUCUCCAUCGUCAAGCAUUUGCGCCACAGCGGCUGGCCUCCUUCCUUACUACAGAUGGUGCAGACGCUGGCCAGUAAUGGUGCUAACUCCAUUUGGGAGCAUUCACUACUGGACCCUGCCCAGGUUCAGAGUGGUCGCAGGAAACCUAACCCCCAAGAUAAAGUCCACCCCACCAAGUCAGAGUUCAUUCGCGCCAAGUAUCAGAUGCUAGCAUUUGUCCACAAACUACCGUGCCGUGAUGAUGAUGGGGUCACCAGCAAGGAUCUCAGUAAGCAAUUACAUUCAAGUGUGCGGACAGGAAGUCUGGAGACAUGUUUGCGACUGCUGUCUCUUGGAGCUCAGGCCAACUUCUUUCAUCCUGAAAAAGGCACUACUCCUUUGCACGUGGCUGCAAAAGCAGGUCAGGUCCUGCAGGCUGAGCUGCUUGUGGUGUACGGAGCUGACCCCGGAGCGCCGGACAUCAACGGCCGCACACCAAUGGAUUAUGCCAGGCAGGCUGGCCAGGUGGAGUUAGCAGAGCGCUUGGUGGAAUGUCAGUAUGAGCUCACAGACAGGCUGGCUUUCUAUCUGUGUGGCCGUCGUCCAGAUCACAAGAAUGGACAUUAUAUCAUCCCUCAGAUGGCAGACAGAGCGCGCCCUAAGUGCCCAACACAGAGCCUGGACCUGUCUGAACUGGCCAAGGCUGCCAAGAAGAAGCUUCAAGCGCUAAAUAACCGCUUGUUUGAGGAGCUGGCCAUGGAUGUCUAUGAUGAGGUCGACCGUAGGGAGAACGAUGCUGUGUGGCUAACGACUCAGAACCAUAGUACACUGGUCACAGAGAGGAGUGCUGUUCCCUUUUUACCCGUCAACCCUGAAUAUUCAGCCACACGCAACCAGGGCCGUCAGAAGUUGGCACGCUUUAAUGCACGAGAGUUUGCUACACUAAUCAUCGACAUUCUCAGCGACGCCAAGCGGCGGCAACAAGGCAAAGGCCUAACAAGUCCCACUGAGCCUUUAGACGUGAGCCAGGCAGACGAUGACCAGCACGACUAUGAUAGCGUAGCUUCUGAUGAGGACACAGACAGUGAAAUAACUGCACAGAACAACAACAACGCUCAGCGCAACAACCGUGCUAAGAGCAUGGACUCUUCAGAUCUUUCGGAUGGCCCCAUCACACUGCAGGAAUAUCUGGAAGUGAAGAAAGCCCUGGCCUCUUCUGAGGCUAAAGUCCAGCAGCUCAUGAAGGUCAACAACAACUUAAGCGAGGAGCUGAGGAGACUUCAGAAAGAGAUUUCUCGGAUGCAGACGGAGAACGUAGCUCUAAAGGGGGCUCAGGCUGGGCCUGUGGGGGCUCUGGGGUGUGGCAACCCGGCCCUUUGGCCCACCGGGGUAAGAGGAGGGGCAGGAGGAGUGAGCAGUGCGGACUCGAGCUUGGGUCCACCCUCCUCAACUCCUCUGCGAAGGGACAGGCAGGCAUUUUCCAUGUAUGAGCCCGGAGUGGCCGCCCCCAAAGCCCUCAGCCCAGCACUGGACUCCCUGAGCGGCCACCUGCAGCCCCUCGGCUCCAGCGUAAGUGUGCGAAAAGGGUCUUCUGCAGGCCCCAUCCCUUAUGGAGGAUCACAUAUGUCAGCCUCCAUGGAAAUGGGGCGCUAUAUGCCACCUAAAUUAGAGAAACAUGGUAGUGGCACUGACAGUGACUACGACAACACUCAAACAUAUGACUCCUCCAUUGGCGUGGGCCGCAGCAGUGAGGAAGAGAGUCGAGUGGAGGCAGAGGAUAGUGGAGAUGCGGGGGAGCCAGAUCCAACACUGCCCUGCACAGAGGAUGUCAUUCUAAAGACUGAGCAGGUCACCAAGAACAUCCAGGAGCUGCUGAGAGCAGCACAGGAGUUUAAACAUGACAGUUUUGUGCCAUGCUCGGAGAAGAUCCACUCGGCUGUGACAGAGAUGGCCUCUCUCUUUCCGAAGAGACCAGCUCUGGAUGCAGUGCGCGCCUCUCUCAAGCUGCUGGCCUCUAGCGCCUCACGUCUGCAGGUGGAGUGUCGCAAAGCUGCACCCUCUGAGCCUUCGGCCAGCGCUGUCGAUUACCAGCUCCUCACACAGCAGGUCAUCCAGUGUGCCUAUGACAUAGCCAAGGCCGCUAAGCAGCUCGUCACCAUCACCACUCGUGAAAAGAAGCAGUGACCCGGCUCUGGGCUUCAUGGGUGCCGGGACACGCUACAGAAAACACUACAGACACACUGGUGGUGAAGGAAGGAAGGAACUGCAAACAAACACUGGGUUGUUGAAGAGGCGGAAAAAACGAAUAAGAAAAGGAAAACCUGAAUGAGUUGGAUGUGGAAUGUUCGGGAUGAAUGAGGAUAAAUGUAAGAAUCACAUGUUUGGGAAAAUAAAGAAAAGAAAAAGAAUCAGAAUGAAAGGAAGUUACAUGCAGGUUGCACCACCGAUGCAGAGAGGGGGAGGCUUAUGGGAGACCCUUAUCGGACUGGCACAAAUCAUCUCACAACUUCUCUUCUUCUGUUAUUGGGAUCCCUCUUUACAUGCACUUUUCAUCUCGCUCUCUCUUUCUCUCUGUUUCUCUCUCUCUCUCACACACACACACACACACACACACACACACACACACACACACACACAGUUAUAUGAUGAUGACUCAUAUGCACAUUUAACACUCAUGUCUGCUCUUUCUCAUCAUUUUUAUUUUCUUUAAUGUUUCUUGAUUCAAGUCUACUUUUAUAUGCCACUCCAUUGGCCUUUACCUCUCGGGACAAACAUGUAGACUUAAAAACACUUACACUGGAAUUAUUGUAAUGUGUAUGACCUAUAGUUUUUUUUUUUUAGUUUUUUUUUUUAAUUAAUGUUAUGAUUAUCAUUGUCAUCGAUGUUUUUUCUUAAUUUUGUUGACUAUGUAUUAUUAUUAUUUUUUUGUUAUUUCAUUGUAUAUCACCUGGUCAAGAAAUGGGGAUUGUUAAAAGUGGAAAACUCAGCUUUUACUCAGUAUUGGGGAUCCUCAUGAUCGUACAGAACACCCCUGUCCCCCAGGAAGACGUGUAUGUGUAGAACUGUAAAAGUUUGCGUUCACCAUAACCAAAGGAAAUAGCGAUGGAAAUAAGGACACUGCCGCGAUGAUUUCACAGCUGUUGAGGCUGACUUAGUCACAUUUAUCAGUGUCUGAAAAUUAGGUCAGCAUUCAUUCUUUUGGCGAUGGAUCCAGUUCUUCAUUCAUCUCACAAUUCACAAUCCCUCCAUUGUGUAAUUGUUUCCUAGAAGCUGCAUAUUUGUUGGCUCGUUUGUAACAUUGCCUGUGUUUAGGAACAUAGAGGUCCACUCUGGUAGGAUGGUUCCUCUCCAGUUCUUCCACUGUACUUUCUUUGAGAGUAUCAAGUUGGCUUCUUUACUAGUGUAGCGAGUUAGAGAAUUUUGAUGUGAGCGUAUUUUUUUGGACCAGAUUUUUCUCUUUUAUGGAAAUAUCAGAUUAAGUAUACUUCAUGUUUAUAUUAUUUUCUUGAUUGGAAAGCAUGUGUACUGUCAAUGUAACAAUGUUAUAUAAGCUAUACGGAUGUGAGCGCUGAUGGUAGAAGGGCACAAUCCGAGUUUACUAUCCAGGCACUUCAGCAGGUUGCAGUAAUGGGAAAAAAUGACAGCUGUGCUGUAUAAAGCUCUCCCCUAGUUGAUUUUUGGAGCCAUAAAGCCAGUGUGUAUGAAACUGUAGGCAGCAGUCAGGGCCCCCCAACCUACUGCUGAAUACUAGCUAUAGAGCUCUAUGGCUCUACAACCAAGUUAUUUUAACUAAUGAAUACUCCUUGAUAUUGUGGGGUUUGUAAACUGGAGCUUUCAAAUCAUGUAUUCCGAGCACUAUUAAUGUUGAUAAUUCUCAGGCUUCUUUUAGACAGUGUGUCACGUUAAGUUUUCACAGAUGCCUGUUGGUGUUUAUACAACCAGAACUUUUAAGUUCUUCUUUGGACCACAUCCAGAUUUCAUUAGACAAUUGCAUACGGUGACUCUGACCAGACAGCUAGUUAAAACUAAUUGAUCUUUUCUUACUGUCCAGGUGCAGACUGUGUCAUCGUUAUAGCAUCAAUACUCUCUCAGUGUUAUAGUUUUGUUUUUUGUGUUUCUUUUGCCGUUACAUAAGCCUUAAUUUACUUUUAAAAUACUUUUCUCAUUUUGUCCAAUUUGCCCUGAUGAUUUCAACUAUUUCAUACACUCGCCUUGUUUUUUUAUUUCAUUUUUAUUUUGGAAAUGGGAUAUUGCUUUUGCCAUUUACUUUGCACAUCAUGUCUUUUAAAUAGCUAUGUGGCAUCUCUUCCAGACUCCUUGUUACCUCUGGGUAGUACACAUGGAACCCAAUCAUUGAGUAUGUGUUACACAUAUUGCUAAUUUUGCCUUUUUUCACAAGGCUCUUUUACUGUGGCUCUUGGGAGGAGUUUUACCCAAUUUAUUGUGACCAUAGAUAGUUAAGAAGUUAGCACCUGAAAAGAUGGAGUGAGUGUGUUGGGAAAUGGGAGCCUUAGCACACACAGACUUCAUGAUAUAUCCAGCACAAUGUUGGGCUCCUUUAGUGUGAGUUCUGCAAGUUUAAUUUCUGCCUUGUCCCAUGCAGCCUCAUGCCAUAUUACAAUCAAUGCACACAAGAACAAGCCUGUGUGCAAACAUAUACACACACGAAAACAUCCACAUCCCAUCCUACUUCUGCAUAUUCUCUUCAAGUCAAACACACUGCACUGUACUCCUCAUAACUGUUAUGAGAUGGCUGAUGGGAGAAUUUCUUUUAGCAGAGUUAAUUGUACAAAAUAAAGAAAUUAAACGAAGCAAAAAAAUUAAAUAAAAUAAAAAAAUCAUAAUAGAAACUCAUAAGCUGUACAUUUGUAAUAAAGACAAAAAUGGUAAUUGUCCUACAA